AUGGUUAAGAAAAUUUUGAGAAGAAUAUUAGGAAGAGCCUGCUUGAGAUAUGAGGAGCUGUGUACCAUUCUCUGCGAUACGGAAGCUGUAAUCAACGUAAAGCCGUUAAAUUAUUUGUCUGAAGAUCCUGAAGGUUUAAUGUCUUUAACACCCUCUAUGUUCACUCAGGAUAUAAGAACGGUGGGAGUUCCAGACUUAGACCAUAUAGAUGAAGUCAAUAUCACUAACAGAUAUAGAUAUCAACAGAAAUUACGACAAGAUCUCAGAAAAAGGUUUAGAGACGAAUAUUUGAGUCUCCUAAUUCAGUCAGGAGAUAAUAAAGCUACUCGAAGACAAAUAUAUUUAGGAGAUGUGGUACAUGUGGGAAGCGACAACAAAAAAAGAUUGGACUGGCCAUUGGGUCGAGUUAUUGAACUAUUCCAGAGUCAAGAUAAUUGUGUUAGAGUGGCAAAGGUGAAAACAGCUGCAGGUGAAUUGAGCCUUCCUGUGCAACGACUGUAUCCUUUGGAAAUGAUGGACGAUGAGAACUUGUUUUUACCUAAACAAAACCAAUUUAACAUUCCUGCUAGUAAAGAAAUUAACUUUAAACCUCCUGAUAAGAUAAUUAAAACUAGAUGUGGUAGAACUAUUGUAAAACCUUCGCGUUUUAAUUAG